AUCAACAAGUGAAUUAAAAAUGUUCAAGCUCGUCAGCUUCUUCGUCCUCGUAGCCGUCGCGUGCGUAAACGCCGCGCCAGGCGGAUUAAUCGCAGCCCCAGCAGCGGUUGCGGCCAUUCCGGCACCAAUUGUCACUGCUAGAAGCAGCCAAGUUGUCGCGAGAAAUUACAAUACGUUCGCUGCCGCACCAUUGGCCUACACCGCAGCUGCUGUCGCAGCCCCUGUAGCCGCACCGGUUGCUUACACCGCACCAUUCGCAGCCGCACCAGUGGCAUACACCGCACCAUUCCCAGCGGCAGCACCCUUCGCAUAUGCCGCACCCGCUCUCCACGCCGCACCCCUCGUACUUAAAAAGAAAGAAAGUGUAUUGAAUGGUCGUUGGGACUGGUAUAAAAACGAUAGCAGUUCGGACAUUGGCAUUGUACGGUGCUUCUUCGAAUCGAGCAACAUGAACUCUUUCGUUACGGUAACAGUCGCGGCUGUGCUCGCAAUGGCGCAGGUUGCCUUGGCCGGAGUGGUUCCUGCGGCUCCACUCGUGGCCGCUCCUGCGGCACCGAUAGUAGCCGCACCAGCGAUUGCGGCACCUGCGGCAAUUGGCUAUGCCAAGGCCGUACCAUACAACGUUCCACCGUACGCGUCUAGAGUCGACAUCAGCUCGAAAACCAUCGCUGCGCCAUUCGUUGCAUCUGCACCCUUCGUAGCCGCAGCACCAGCCGCACCGGUCUUAGCCGCGGCACCAGCCGCACCGGUCGUAGCCGCGGCACCAGCCGCACCAGCUCCGAUCGUCGCCGCACCUGGCCUCUUCCAAGCUACUUACGCCGGAAGUUUGACCGCUCCUCUCGCUCAGUUCGCAGCUGCGGCUUACGGACCUACGGUUUUCGGCUAAACUCCGAUGAAAUUCGAUUGGUCGACGACGAUGUUGUAUCUCUGGCUGUUCAUCUUCUUUUUUUUUCCCUUUUGUUAAUGCUCCUCCACCAAUAAACGUUUCGUACCACUCUUAA